GGGGCUUUUUCUCCACCAUCUUUUCCAGUUUGUUUGGAACUCGAGAGAUGAGGAUUCUCAUCUUGGGGCUGGAUGGAGCAGGAAAAACAACCAUUCUCUACAGGUUGCAAGUUGGAGAAGUUGUUACCACCAUUCCAACCAUUGGCUUCAAUGUUGAGACAGUGACCUACAAGAAUCUGAAAUUUCAAGUCUGGGACUUAGGAGGACAGACAAGCAUAAGGCCCUACUGGCGGUGUUACUAUUCAAACACAGACGCCGUCAUUUAUGUAGUGGACAGCUGUGAUCGAGACAGAAUUGGCACUUCAAAAUCAGAGCUUGUUGCUAUGUUAGAGGAAGAAGAGCUGAAGAAAGCCAUUUUGGUGGUGUUUGCAAAUAAACAGGACAUGGAACAGGCCAUGACUCCCACAGAAAUGGCAAAUGCCCUUGGCUUACCAGCUUUGAAGGACCGAAAAUGGCAGAUAUUCAAGACCUCUGCAACUAAAGGCACAGGGCUUGAUGAAGCAAUGGAAUGGUUGGUGGAGGCCUUGAAGAGCAGGCAGUGAUACAAAACUGACCAGUGCAAAGAAGCAUCAGCUAUAGCCAGCAUCCUCCUUUCUGCAGUUAAGUAUUUUCAGGCCACAGAUACUUGUAAAUAGGACAGAUUUGAAUUUGACUUCUGUAAUGUGGAUGCCUCUCUUCAAUUGUAAAACUGAAAUAAGUGAAUGCGUACAUUGUGAUACUGCAUUUCUUUCUUUUUGUUUAAAGAAUGUACUUAUGUUAAUUUGUAUGAAAGUCUUACUGGCUGAGAAAGUUGGUUUUUUUUGUCAUCCCCCCUUCCUUUGGUCGUUUUGGUGGCCAGCAUACUGGUGUAGAUAGAACACUAAUAAAAUCUGGAACUGUCAGCUAUA